ACGAUUGAGACAAAACUGUCCAGCCUCAAGAUGAGCUUCUUGCUACUUCUGUUCUUCGUCUUCUUCGCACCCCUCUUGCUAGUGCUAGCCUGGCUUGGCCUGUCGUCAUGCCUGAGGAACCGCCGCCUGCGAUCGUAUUUCUCAGCUUCGCCCGCCGAGCCGGGGAUUGACUCGUACGGCCGACACUACCUCCGAACCAUGGUCAACACCGGGCCCGCCAUGUCCGAGCAGAUCGAGCUGGACGACAUGAUGCGAGGGUCUGACCACGAGGAGUAA